AUGCGGAUAGGUGAUGUAGCAGACAGAUGGAGCAGUGAAACAGAAGUGAGUCACCGAGAUCUGAAACUGGGAAAAAGACUGUGCCCUUUCCCUUCUGGUGACUGUUUUGAGAUAUACUUCAGGUUUAAAACCCUUGCCUCGGUGGAAAUUAUUAAAGGCCGAUUACAUGCAGAAAGCCUGGAACAGCACAUUAAUGAAAAAUUACACGUUCUUUUGAAAACUGAAUUGCUAUUUCCAAGCUUGGAAGCUACAGAUCUAGGAAUUUGGACUCAGCAGGAUCGUCAAUGCAUCCUCGAUACUUUAGCGCAGUUAUUACUGGAUAAAGAAUGUACCCUAUUGAUUGGCCGUCAAGUUCGGCCGAUCUUGUUGGAUUUGUUGGAAAGAAAUGCAGAAGCCAUUAAAGCUGGUGGCCAACUCAACCAUGACAGGCAUGAAAGACUGUGUGUAGCAAUGAGCAAGCUGGUUGCUGACCAUCCUGAUGUUUUGCCAUUUGCUUUAAGAUAUUUUAAAAAUACAUCGCCAGUUUUCCAGAGGCUUUUUUUGGAGAGCUCAGAUGCAAACACAGUCCGGUAUGGGCGCAGACGAAUGAAGUUACGGGACCUCAUGGAGGCAGCCUAUAGAUUCUUACAAAAGGAGCAAUCAGUUUUCCGGGAAUUAUGGGACUGGAGUGUGUGUAUUCCACUCCUAAGGAGUCAUGACACUUUAGUCCGUUGGUAUACUUCAAACUGUCUUGCUCUGGUUACAUGCAUGAAUGAUGAGCAUAAAUUAUCUUUCCUGAAGAAGAUAUUCAAUCCUGAGGAGCUGAUACAUUUCAGACUGAAGCUACUAGAAGAAUCUCAGCUGCAGAAUGUGGAACAAGCCCUUGUUUUGGCCAAUCCAGACUCCUCAUUUUGGCAAAAGGAGAAAGAACUGCAAUAUACGCAAGGACAUAUUGUAUCGGGCGACCUCUCUGCAAAUGUAGUAGCUGUAUGUGGUAUUGUGCUGCCUAGACUACAGCUUGUUUCUGAAGAGCAGGAAAAUAAUACUAGCCAUUUUGUUUUGGUUGAAUCUGCCUUCACAAAUCUUCAAAACCUUGCUAUGGCUGUAGCAUAUCAGAGUCCCGUUUUACUAGAAGGACCAAUAGGAUGUGGCAAAACUUCUUUAAUUGAAUAUUUAGCAGCUGUUACAGGAAGAGCAAAGCCGCCUCAUAUUUUGAAAGUCCAACUUGGGGAUCAAACUGAUAGUAAGACGCUGCUUGGUAUGUACCGUUGUACAGAUGUACCAGGAGAGUUUGUGUGGCAACCUGGAACCUUGACACAAGCUGUUACCAAAGGUCACUGGAUACUUCUGGAGGAUAUUGAUUAUGCUCCUCUGGAUGUGAUCUCUGUGCUGAUUCCUCUUUUGGAAAAAAGAGAGUUGCUAAUUCCUGGUCGUGGUGACUGUUUAAAAGUAGCAUCGGGAUUCCAGUUUUUUGCAACCAGGAGGAUAUUCAGUUGUGGCGGAGGUUGGUACAGACAGCAAAGCAGCCAUGCUGCUCUUUUGGACAAAUAUUGGACCAAAAUACAUCUGGAUAACAUGACCAAAGGAGAGCUCAAGGAGGUUCUUCAAAAGAGAUACCCCAACCUUGCUCUUGUAACUGAUCACUUGCUAGACAUUUACAUUCACCUUACGGGAGACAAGUAUCAGGCAUCCGAAAACAGUGCUUCUGGCUCCAGGCACAUAUCAGAAGACUCAUCGGAAUCCAGAUCAGAAAAUAAGAAACCAAAUCUGGAAGGACGAGAACUAUCUCUAAGAGACUUACUGAAUUGGUGCAGCAGGAUUGCUUACAACUUCGACAGUAAUUCUUCAGCCAUGGCAGUGAAUAUUUUUCAGGAGGCACUGGACUGUUUCACAGCUAUGCUGUCCAACCAAGGGAGCAGACAGAAAAUGGCAAAAGUUAUUGGUAGUAAACUAAACAUUUCCAAGAAAAAGGUAGAGUUCUUUUGUGAACUCUAUAAACCAGAAAUUCUAAUACGGGAACAAGAAGUCUCUGUCGGAAGAGUGCAUCUCGUGAAGAAACAAACCCAGACUCUCACUGUACAAAGAGUAAAACAAACCUUUGCUGCCACACGGCCAUCUGCAGUAUUGAUUGAACAGCUUGCAGUUUGUGUUGUCAAAGGAGAGCCUGUGCUUUUGGUUGGCGAAACAGGAACUGGCAAAACCUCAACUGUUCAGUACCUUGCUUAUAUUACAGGACACCAUUUGAGGGUUAUCAACAUGAACCAACAAAGUGACACGGCAGAUCUAUUAGGGGGUUACAAGCCUGUGGAUAACAAGCUGAUCUGGCUACCUCUGCGAGAGUCUUUUGAAGAACUCUUCUCUCAGACAUUUUCUAGAAAGAAAAAUCAGACAUUCUUGGGACACAUUCAGACCUGCUACAGGCAGAAACGUUGGCAUGAUCUUCUAAAACUAAUGCAGCAUAUUCAUAAAUCUGCUGUUAGUAAGGAAGCAAAAGAAAAUGCAUCUGGCUCACUGCUGAAGGAAAAGUGGGAGGCAUUUGGUCUUAAACUGAAUCACGCUCAUCAACAGAUGAAGAUGACGGAAAAUGCUCUUCUCUUUGCAUUUGUUGAG